AUGGCUGUCGCAGUUGUCAACAACGAUAUGCCAAUUUCCUCUUCCGCCGCCAGCACCAGCAGAAUCGAGGUUCGCUCCGUGUGGGCUCAUAACCUCGACGAGGAGUUCGCCCUUAUCCGCUCCGCCGUCCCGUUCCACCCCUUCGUCGCAUUGGACACCGAGUAUCCUGGCGUCGUCGUCGCUUCCAAAAAUCCCUACUGCACCCUCACCCUCCCCCAGCGCUACGAAUUGAUCCGUGCCAACGUCGAGGCCCUCCGCAUCAUCCAGGUCGGUCUCACCCUCUCCGACGCCGCCGGCAACCUCCCAUGUGCCAUCUACAGCGACGGCACUUGUGUGCGUUACGUGUGGGAAUUUAAUUUCCGUGACUUCGACAUCAACCGCGACCGUUACGCCCCUUCCUCCGUCGAGCUGCUCAAGGCUAAUGGCAUCGACUUCCAAAAGAAUCAAAUAUGGGGCAUCGACUCUUGGGCCUCUACCGUCCGAGUUGAGCGAGCAGUGGGCUCUCGACAUCAGUCCGGCUCCGAUAGCUUAUUAACAUGGCAGGUGUUCUAUCAAAUUGCUUCUCGUGUGAAUCCACAACUCAUUGAUCGUCCAGAACACAUGGGAACACUCUAUGACCUCCAACUGCAAUAG